CGUCGCUCUCUCAGUUGCCUCAGUGGUCUUACACAGGGAGGAUGAAGGAACGGAACAACUGUUGUUUAUUUUGUCGGCUAUGUAGGAUGACUUUUCAGUGGCUAAUAUGCUGUAGCCAAGCAUGUCACCAGGUUCUGAAGGCGACUGAUGAGUUGGAAGAGGAGACUACAAGGAAGGACAUAACAGAUGAAAUGCCCUAUCGUGGUGACAAGUGUUCAAGAGAGGACGACUGGGCCAGUCAUCUGACAGAAAAACAACGGAUGGCUCCUGUGACGGAGAGAGUUGUGUUGCUGGUGUCGGAGUGCCUGGGUGAAGGUUGGGAGACGGUCGGACUCCGACUGGGACUGUCCUAUGCUUGUGUACAGAGGUGUAAGCUGCCUCACUGUAUGCUGGAAAAGUGGAGGAUGAAGGAGAGUGGGAAGGCUACAGUGGACGUGCUGGUGAAUGUCCUCCAGGAGAGUGUGUAUACCUGUACAGUGGACAUGUUUGCUGUAGUCAAAUGUUUUCAACACACUACUUAAUAUUCACAACGUUUAUCACCGGUAGGCGCUGCAAACAUGAGGACCACAUUUGUUCAAGACCAUUGACUGUGUCGCAUCUGGAUGUAUGAAGAACAUAUACAAUGGAACUUAAUUACGUUAGAGAUUACUAUUACUGAUCAUCUCCUGUGUUAAGUUAUGUCUGAGUUAUGAAGUUACUAACCUGUUCCAAACUACCCGUUGCUGCUAUUUGUGUGUAUAUAUACAGAUUUUCACUUGGGUUGGUUUCAUUUCCAACAACUAAUUCAUUUAACGUUGGAACUAAUUUGGGUUCAGGGCAAAAGAUAUUGCAUCAGUGCAGUGACCAUUGCUGGUGAACAUUUGUUACUAUGAUUUGAUAUAUUUACGGAAACCUUCAUUCGAAUUAAAGACGUCUCUGAAUUG